AUGAAGAACUACGUCGCACUACUUGCUGCCUCUGCCAUUGGAGCAUACGCCGCUCAUGGCGACGAAGCGAGCACAGAGAUGGGCCCGGCCGCGUUCCUGUGGCCCGCUGAUCGUCUCUGGGGUGCAGCUUACGACAACAAUGCCCCAUGUGGCUCAUCCACCGGGCCUGUAAACCGAACUGACUUCCCAUUGAUCAACGGCAAGCUCGCACUUGUACUUCAGGACGAGUCAUGGAAUGUGCAAAUUGCCAUCUCUCACAAAAGCAACCCAACUAGCAAUGCCGACUUCGAGUCCUUCAUUGAUGGCUCAAGUCUUAAUGAUAUCAUGCCCGGACACGAAUGCUACUCUGUCCCCAACCCAUCUAUUGACGUGGAAGAGGGAAACAACGCCACCUUCCAGAUCAAAUACACCUCUGAUUUUGAUACCGACAAAAACGAAACCUACUACGCAUGCGCCGAUAUCACUUACGUUGCAGCAAGCAAGUUCACCUACCAAGUCCCUUGCUUCAAUGUGACCUCGGAGGAGUUCACCGAUGUGACUGAUGAGGACACAUCUGGAUCUUCUUCUUCUUCUUCUUCUUCUUCUAGCUCAAGCACUAGUUCUUCGAGCGAUAAGAGCUCCGGUCUUUCUGGAGGCGCUAUUGCGGGUAUUGUGGUUGGAUCAGUCGUUGCAUUGGGUCUUGGAAUUGCCUUGAUGUUCUUCUACCGAAGACUGCUGCAGAAGUACCGCGUCAUGCGCCAGAAGGCUUCCACCCGGAAUGUGAACUGGAAUGAGGAGGCGCCUCAGUACAAAGCCGAGGAUGAGACUCCCAUUGGUCUUCGCAAGAUCAGGUGA